AUGGGAGUUUUCAGUAUCUUUGGCUCCAAAGAGUCUUUCGACCCGAAUGUGUUCGAAAAGGAAUUGACUUCAAUUACAGAGAAAAUCAAUACCAACAAACAACAAAUUAGCAAGUUACAACAGCGUCAAAAAUACGUAAGAAGAUCCUUGUCAAGAUAUUUUAUCAUCAUCUAUCUCUGUAUUUUUGGGUAUUGUUAUGCCACCAUUCCUUCAAGUACUAUCGGUAAGAAUCGAGUUCAGUGGUUUAUAAGAGGUCAAACUAGACAACACUUGUUGGUGUUAAUAGGAUACCCGUUGUUUUCAGUGUUGACUUUAAGGGCAGUCUCGUACAUUUUCCAAUUUUUCAUCAAUAAUAAACAGAGCUAUUUAAAGAGCCUACAGAACAAGCACAAGGAAAAGAUCGAAGAAUUGAAAAAGAUUACCAACUUUAACAAAACGAAUGAGUUGAUCAAUAAAUAUGGAAAUGAAAAGCAACCACAGGUUUCUUUACAGAAACAAGAGCCUCAACCAAUUUCAAAUCAAAAACAACAAGAUCAUUUGAGAAACAGACAUAAUAAGCUGGGAAAUCUCCGAGAUCAGGCUAUGAAAGAAUUGAACUUGCCAGAGGACAAACAAUUACUGUCACAGCAAAAGGGGCAACUUCCAAAUACAAAGCAAGCUCCUAUUCCAGCAAUUCCACAACAGCCAGCUCAAAGAACGAUUCAAGACAGAUUAUUGGAUAUAUUAAUAGGUUCAGAUAAUAGCGAAUCUGUCGAAAAUAGAUAUGCUUUGAUUUGUUUCCACUGUUUUGCUCACAACGGACUAGCACCGCCACAUACUGAAGAUCCAGCAGAUGUUAAGUUUCAAUGUUGGAAAUGUGGUGCAAUGAAUGGUAAAGGCAUGUUAUUCGAACAGCCAGAUAUGAAGUUUGACUCUUCAAAGAAUUCAUCUUCUGAGUUGAUAAACUUGGAGGUUAAAGAAAAAGAAAGUGGAAAUUUAGAUCAUCCAGGCACAGAGAAUGAAGAAAAGGAAGAGAGUACAAAGAAGUUGCAAUAA